AAAAGGAAAUGGUCAUCAGAUGGAAAGUGGCGAAAGGGGGCGCAAGUUAUCUCUAGGUUUUUUAUUAUUUCUUUCCCGAAACAAGUUUGCAUUGUGCUUCGGAAUGGAGAAGCAGGUACGGCUCUGUCCAUGAUACUGUACCACCGAGAGCAGCAGCCUAAAAACUGGCUUAGUGUCUCGGCUCGUUCGGUGGGAAACCAAAGGGCUCCGGCUAAACUCAAUACAGUAUUUAUACGGAUUAUUAUAAGUACCAGUUUCGAGAAAAAAAACUCAAAAUACUAACUUUUUCCCGUCUGUCUUUAUGAAGUCAGACGUUUUGUACUAGAUUAACAGCCCGCUCCUGAUUUCUACGUUUUUUGUUGUUUGUUUUGUGUUUUUGUGGCAGGUUCAUUAGCAUUAAGGUUAUUAAGGGUAGCCUGUAUAGGUAUUCAUUAAUCAAUAGCCGUCAGAUUGAAUUCGUGAUUGCAGCGGACCCAAGCUUUCUGUAGCUGUACUACAGGAGACGUGGGCGUGAACCAUCGCUAACUUCUCCUUUGCUUUGCAAAGUGAAACAAAUGAAACGUUAACCGCAGCUGAAAGCAACACCUGGACCGGCAUUUAUCCUAAAUAUACAUACCGUGGUUGGGAGACAUCGGGAAAGAGAAAUACCGUAAAAAUACAAUGAAUGAAGGUCAGUGUCGGCGCUCCGAUUCGGAGAAGGACAUCGAGGAUGAGCUGCGGACUGUAUGCUGGUACCACUAUGACCUGUCCCGCCACGCUGCCGAGGCACUGCUCCUCUCCAACGGCCGUGACGGCAGCUACCUCCUCCGGAACAGUCAGGAGGGACCCGCCUUCUUCGCCCUGUCUGUCAGAGCAAAGGACUCAGUGAAACACUUCCACGUGAUCCGGAAGGGCAACCGGUACUGCUUCGGGUUCAAUGAAUUCCCCUCCCUGCGAGAAUUCAUCAACCACUUUGCCAACCAGCCACUGCUAGGGAGUGAAACGGGGACUCUGAUUGUCCUCAAGUUCCCGUACCCCCACACGGUAGAGGAGCCGUCCAUCUAUGAGUCAGUGCGUGUGCACACGGCCAUGAAGACGGGACGCACCGAGAGCGACCUGGUGCCCGACGCCCCGUCCCUAGGCACAAAGGAAGGAUAUCUGGUGAAGCAAGGCGGUAUAAUUAAGAACUGGAAAACCCGGUGGUUCACCUUAAAUCGAAAUGAGCUCAAAUAUUACAAAGACAAAAUGUUUGAUGAGCCAAUCCGCACCCUGGACCUGACGGCAUGUUCAGCAGUCCAGUUUGAUUACUCUCAGGAAAGAGUCAACUGCUUUUGCCUGGUGUUUCCUGAGAGAACAUUCUACCUUUGUGCUAAGACUGGAGUGGAGGCGGAUGAAUGGAUAAAGAUACUGCGGUGGAAACUAUCACAGAUAAAAAAAGGUCGAUGACAGAGAAGACAGCAUCCGGAGUGAAUCCCGGUAGCGAUGAUCCAUUAAGUGAAAGUCUUAGGUAAACAUAGUUCCUGUUAAAUAUGGUGUUCAUACCAUUCUAUUUGCACUAAAGUGGUUUGGGGAAUUCUGCAAUGGUCAGAAUUGGCAGACAGCAAGUUCGAUUGUUCUGUGAAGGAGUUCUCUGUGAGGUGGUUGGACUUUGAAAUGAAAGCCUAGCUAUUUUCUCUCAAAAAAAAAAAAAUCAGGAUUGUAAAAUCUUGUCCUCACCAUUUUUUUUCUGUUUUUUUUUAUUUUUAUUAUUAAUUUAUUUUGUAUAUUACAUAUUUUUAUAUACAGAUGCUUCUCGCUUCACGAUGGUUUGACUUUACGAUGAUGUGAUACUGAUCCACACUUAGUAGUCUUCAGAGCACACUUUGUAUUCUGAUCUCUUCCCGGGCGAUAUGCCGUACGAUAAUCUAUACUGAUUCCGGGCAAUGGCAGUAUCUACACUCACAAUCGCUACAGAGACUGGAAGUGUGACUGCGUAAACACGUCAUACAGUGCUAAACAACAUAUUGUACAGUUACUUAUUUAUAAUAUCAUAUUUAUAUUCAGCUUACUAUAUCCCAUUUGGAAGUCAGGCAUCAUCAGGCGUCAACUGACUGAAAUGGGACUUUCAGUCCCUAUCUGGAAAGGGAAGGGUUAUCGCCUGGAUUGAGGCAACUACAGGGGGAUAACACUGCUCUCAGUGCCAGGUAGUGCUAGGGUCAUCCUUAACAGGAUGCAUGAUCACUUCCUCGCCUGUCAGCGACCGGAGCGGUCUGGUUUUAUGCCUAAGAAGUCUACCAUUGACCAUAUCCUGGCACUGAGGGUUCUCAUCGAGCACAAGCGUGAAUAUCGGCAGAGGUUCUUUGCAGCCUUUGUCGAUUUUCGUAAAGCGUUUGACUCUCCCCCUGAAGUUGUUGGACGUCAUAUCCGGCUUAUACACUGGUACUGUGAGUGCUGUGCAGAGUGGAGGGAGAACCUCUGUGUUCUUCCCAGUUGAUUCUAGGCUUCACCAGGGGUGUGUUCUUGCUCCUACUCUGUUCAAUGCUUGUAUGGACUGGGUGUUGGGCAGGGUUGUGGGGUCCAGCAGCUGUGGGGCAUCUGUUGGUGAAGAAAGAUUUACUGAUCUUGAAUUUGUCUACGAUGCAGUGAACUUAGCAGAGUCAAUGGAGGCUCAGAUUGUGGCUCUAGAGAGACUAACUGAGGAGUCUAAAUGUCUGCGAUUGUGGGUGUCCUGGAUAAAGACCAAGAUCCAGGCGACUUCUUAGCCACAGCCAUCAGUAGUGUGUCUGUCUGUGGGGAGAUUAUCGACUGAGAGAUUUACUUAUCUCAGCAGUGACAUCCAUGUGAACUCUUCCUAUGAAGUCAUUAAACUGAUUGGGAGAACAUGGGGGGUCAUGAGGUCGCUGGAAAGGGGUGUGUGGCUCCCGAUAUCAUUGCAAGAGGACGAAGGUCCAAGUCUUUAGAGUCCUGGUGCUCCUGGUCUUGCUUUAUGGCUGGGAGACAUGGACGUGAUCCAGUGAGCUGAGACGAAGACUGGACUCCUUUGGUACUGUGUCUCUUCGUAGAAUCCUUCAGUACUGCUGGUUUCACUUUGUGUCAAAUGAGCGGUUUCUAGAGGAAUCCCGAAUGAGGCACAUUACCUGCAUUGUGAGGGAGCGUCAGUUACAGCACUACGGCCAUGUGGCGCGUUUCACUGAGGGUGAUCCGGCUUAC